AGGAGGAAUAGGAGGAAGAGAAAGAGAAGAAGGAGGGCGAAGUGGAGGCUGGAUUCUUUUGCACGAUGCCCUCCUUCGACGAAGUGCUGCAGAAGGCUGGCGAGUUUGGGCGCUUCCAGCGGCGAGUGUUCCUGCUGAUGUGCCUGACGGGCAUCACUUUUGCCUUCCUCUUCGUCAGCGUGGUCUUCCUGGGCGUCAGUCCCGAUCACUACUGGUGCCGGGGUCCCAGCGCCGCGGCACUGGCGGAGCGCUGCGGCUGGAGCCCCGAGGAGGAAUGGAACCGCACUGCGCCCGCCCAGGACGCUCGGGAGUCCGGAGCCCGCUCCGACGGGCGCUGCGAGCGCUACGAGCUGGAAGCGGCCAACGGGAGCAGCGCUGCGGGAGCCGCGGACGCCGCGGCGGAGGCGCUGAGCUGCAGCGACCCGCUCGCCUCCUUCCCCAACCGCACGGCGCCCGUGGUCCCCUGCCAGGGCAACUGGAAGUACAGCCAGGCGCACACUACCAUUGUCAGCGAGUUUAACCUGGUGUGUUUAAACUCUUGGAUGCUAGACUUGAGCCAAGCUGUUCUAAGUCUGGGUUUCUUGGCUGGAGCUUUUACUCUAUGCUAUGCAGCAGACAGGUAUGGAAGAAUAAUUAUAUAUUUAAUCUCCUGCUUUGGUGUGGGAGUAAGUGGUAUCGUUGUGGCAUUUGCUCCAAACUUUCCUGUGUUUGUGAUCUUUCGCUUCUUGCAAGGUGUUUUUGGAAAGGGAACAUGGAUGACAUCAUAUGUUAUUGUGACAGAAAUGGUUGGUUCAAAACAAAGAAGGAUUGUGGGAAUUGUGAUUCAAAUGUUCUUCACCCUUGGAAUCAUAAUUAUCCCUGGGAUUGCCUACCUUAUCCCCAAGUGGCAAGGGAUCCAGCUAGCUAUCACACUGCCCAACUUUCUGUUCCUUCUCUAUUACUGGGUGGUUCCUGAGUCUCCCAGAUGGCUAAUUACUCGAAAGAAAGGAGAAAAGGCCUUGAAAAUUCUUCAGAGUAUUGCCAAGUACAAUGGGAAAUAUCUCUCACCAAAUUAUUCAGAGAUCACUGUUACAGAUGAGGAGGUUAGUAAUCCAUCCUUUUUAGAUCUGGUGAGGACUCCCCAAAUGAGGAAAUGCACACUUAUUCUAAUGUUUGCUUGGUUCACAAGUGCAGUGGUUUACCAAGGACUUGUCAUGCGCCUGGGAAUCAUAGGUGGAAAUCUUUACAUAGAUUUUUUUAUCUCAGGAGUUGUGGAAUUGCCAGGAGCUCUCCUGAUUUUACUAACAAUUGAGCGUAUUGGACGACGCCUUCCCUUUGCAGUGAGCAAUAUUGUAGCUGGUAUUGCAUGUCUUGUUACAGCAUUCUUACCAGAAGGGAUACCAUGGUUGAGAACUUCAGUAGCUACUAUAGGAAGACUGGGGAUUACCAUGGCCUUUGAAAUUGUUUAUUUGGUGAAUUCAGAAUUGUAUCCAACAACAUUAAGAAACUUUGGUGUUUCAUUGUGCUCAGGUUUGUGUGAUUUUGGUGGUAUUGUAGCUCCAUUCCUGCUGUUCCGGCUAUCAGCCAUCUGGCUAGAACUACCUCUUAUCAUUUUUGGUAUUCUUGCAUCAGUCUGUGGAGGUCUUGUCAUGCUCUUGCCUGAAACAAAGGGUAUUGCCUUACCUGAGACAGUGGAGGAUGUGGAAAAGCUUGCCAGCCCACAUUUCUAUAAAAGAGGCAAGAAGAAGAAAAGUCAAGUAACAAGCAUUCACACUUGAGUCCUUGCCAAAGACUUAAGAAGAUUUUUAGUGUGAGGUUCUACUAUAGGAACCUGGUUCCCAUCAGAUAUUCCUUUGAAAUCAGUAAAACACAACUUGCAAGGAUGUAUGUUUCAUUUUCAACUUCAUUCUAAUAUCAACAAGUUCUCUGUACUAUAUAUAUUGCAUUUCAAGUACAAUACAUGGACUUAAAAUAUGCAGUGUAUUUUUGUAUAAAAUUAGGAAGAAUAAGUAUUUCUUUCUGGGAGAUUGGAACACGUGGCUGUGUCAAAAAAAAAAAAAAAAAGAGCCCAUUUCUUGAGCAGCUUUCAUGGAGCCAAGAAAUUUUUUUGGAC